AUGUCGACGUCUACUCCUCAGAAGACUCUGUUGAUAUUUGGCGCUACUGGCAAGCAAGGCGGUGCUGUCAUUCAAAGCAUCCUAUCGUCUGCGCAACUUUCUUCUCUUCAUAUCAUCGCAGUUACACGCGACGUGACGAGUCGCAGGGCUGAGAAACUCGCCGCCAACCCCAACAUAUCCGUUAUCGAGGGUGACAUGGCCGAUGUAGACCACAUCUUUCAGAAAGCCGGCCCGGUAUGGGGCAUCUACAGCGUUCAAAUCAACUCAGAUUUGGAAGAACAACAAGGCAAAACAGUCGUCGAUGCCGCUGUUAUGCACGGUGUCCAACACUUCGUUUACUCUUCUGGAGAUCGCGGUGGCCCUGUGCGAUCUCCGAACAAUCCCACCUACGUCAAAAACUUUGCUGCAAAGCACGCCAUUGAGAAACAUCUUCAACAACGGGCACGCAAUAGCCCCCAGAAGAUGACAUACACUAUUCUCCGACCGGUGACAUUUUUCGAAAACAUCAGUACCGACAUACACGGCAAAGGUUUUGCCCGUAUGUGGGAGCAGAUGGGUAGUAAGAAGCUUCAGAUGGUAUCGACUAGAGACAUCGGCUGGUUUGCGGCCCAGAGUCUGCUUCAUCCCGACACAUACAAGAAUACAGCCUUAACGCUCGCAGGCGAUGAGCUGACGCAGCCUGAAGCGGAUGCUAUUUAUUUCCAAGUCACCGGCCAACAUAUGGCUCUAGCAGCGUGUCCAAUUGCGAGCGCUGUUAAGUUUGUAUUGAAGGGGUCUGUGGGUGAUAUGUUCAAGUGGUUCAAGGAUGAAGGUUAUGGUGGAAAUGUGCAAGAGUGCCACAACCAUAACCCCAAUAUGCAAGAUUUCAGAGCUUGGGUGGAGGAAAACAAGUCAAAUUUGGUGUAA